CUGAGCUGGCGUGGCGAUAAUGAAGAACUGAAACGGAGAAAAGUCACUGUGAGACAGCAGAGCUAUGGCGUCCGUGGUCCUAAACGCAUCUCCAAGACCGCCAUCAACGCCUCUCUUCUUCCCCUCCAAUCUCAACCUUGUCAUUUUAAACCCCAUUUCUCUCAACCCAACCAGUCUCCCUCACCGCCGACUCAAAAUCCCCUUCUCGUCUUCUUUCAGAAACGGAAGCAACAGCCCACCGGAGACGAACUGCCCCGUUCCGCUGGAGCAGCAGCCCAUAAACGAGUACCAGAGCCUCUCUACCGAGUUCCCCUUCUCGUGGGCCUCCGGCGACAUCGUCGAGUACUGCUCUCGUUUGGUCGCCACCGGCGCCUCUUUUGCCCUCUUUCUCGGCCUCCCUGUCGCCUGGUUCGGUACCGUCGGCGCAGAUUCCGAGCCGUUCAAGCGACUUCUCUGGGCUGCUUCCAGUGGGAUUCUCUUCGUCACGAUUGCCGUUGUUAGGAUGUAUUUGGGCUGGGCUUACGUCGGCAAUCGCUUGCUUAGCGCCACCGUUGAAUAUGAAGAGACGGGAUGGUAUGAUGGUCAGAUGUGGGUUAAGACUGCUGAAGUUUUAGCACGUGAUCGGCUCCUUGGUUCCUUCUCUGUGAAGCCUGUGCUGAGCAGAUUGAAAUACACACUUGUUACACUGUCAGUAUCACUAUUGGUUUGUAUUCUUUUUGUGGUGAACAUUGAUGAAAGCCCAAAAAGGUCGUAUGCAACAUCUGAAGAAGGUGUGGGUGUCAUACCAGGAGUUUAUAAUGAUGAGUCAGCCAGGUCAUUUGAACCAGACGCUUUUUGCGGUGAACCUGGUAAUAUCCCCUAAAUAACAUUUACCCAAUUAGUAGCUCUUAUUACUGAACAGUCUCUAAGGGGACUUUUUUUUUUUUUUUUUUUUUUUCCCCCUCUCUUCUAGUGUAUAUGUCAUAGAAUAUAAAAACAUGGAAUAUAAUCUGUAUAUAAUUCCACAUUGAAAUGUCUGGUCUGGUCUGGUCCCUGUAGGGUAGUCACCAGUCAGUGACUUGCUGUGUAUAGUUAUAGUUUUUUUUUUUUUUUUUUUUUUUUUUUUUUU